AUGUUCUUUGGCGGGCUCAUGCUGACCACAGUGGUUGGGUAUAUCUGGCUGAGCCCACGCAUGAAACAGACUGAAGAGUUACAGGGUCAGCUCCGCAAAGUCCAAACACACAUGUACUGGAGCAUGGCUUUGACACAACGAACACGGCGGGAGGAGACGGCCGGAGAGACGACAGCACCGCGGCGAGUGAUAUGGUGGAAUGCACGUGUGGGCCAGCUAUUCCACUGGGCGGGUGAGCCUGGGUACUUGACGGCGGGCACACAAAAGACACGUAGGCUGGUAAAUGACGGGCUCGAGUAUGGCGCGGGGGAGGUGAAGCGCGCAAUCAGCAGCAGUAGUGAAUGGGCAACAGACACGAUAAAGGAAGGGGUCGAGCAGUCGGCUGUUGUCAAGAGCGCUCGGCUUAUGUGGGAGGACGAGAAGCGCAAGUGGCGGGUCGCUCACGCCGACGCUAUCGAGGCUGUGCACCCGCUGUACCAGAAACCAGAAGACCCUUGA